AUGGACAGCUUCCGUGAAUUCGAGUCUGACCCCUUCAUGAGCAGCUCCAGCAGCUGCCACCAACAAGCUGCCGAUUACCUAGAUUAUCCCUUCCCUCGAAUCUCCUAUGAAAAGAUCACUAUAGUUGAAGACUUGGGGGUGGGAGUGUUUGGUCUGGCCCGUCUAGUAAACUUGGAGGUGUCCUACGGCGAAACAAUAGUUGCAGUUCUCAAGACCUCCCUUGGGGACCAAUCCCUUAUGUCCGAGGCCAUGGCUCUCCAUGAAUUGAACGGAGCUGGCGGUGCUCCGAUCCUGUAUGGAGUAACAAGUGAAGACCCCCAAGGCCUGGUCAUGGAAUACUGCCCUGGCCUAACUUUGGACCAUUUUUUAACUUCACGCACAAAAAGAUCAUGCCAAAAGGUCUACGGUGCCAUCCAAAAGGCAUUAAUUAAGUUCCACGCCCGUGGUUACGCCCACAUGGAUAUACACCCAGGUAAUAUAGUUAUCGACGACUCAAGCCGACCAUUCAAAGUUCACAUUAUAGAUUUAGGCUCCGCUGCCCGGCUGACAAACGACAGAAAAGGCGAAGCCCAUGACUUGUGCAGCCUCACCAGGAUACAGAAGGUAAUAAAGAGGAAGUGCAGCGACAUCCGCUGA